AUGGCGCUGGAUAGUCCUGUGGCGUAUUCUCCCCACGCUGAACACAAUGUCUCUCGACGCUAUACUCGAGAAGAUGCAGACUCGCUCGUGGGAGGAGACUCGCUCGAAAACUUGGUUCUUGAGACAAAACCAGCGGACGCCCACAAAAAAGUCUUUUCCUUUUCGCUACCCUUAGGCGGACUCUCUGGUCUUCAGCUCAAAUUUCCAUUCUCGAGCAAACUUUCAGAUCCAGAAGUGGAGCAGCUACGGCUCCGGCUAGAAAGACACGACACACUUAGCACGCUCGAUGAAGAUCGUCUCUUUGCUGCCAAAGCUACAGACGAUGUCCGUUUCCGUGCUGUCAAGCAUCUGCUUAAGGAAAAUUUCACUGACAUCCUACCGGACUUUAUCAAGAAGGAUAAGUCAUAUGAGGCGAUUUUUGCGGAGCUUUCAGGGCCUGUGGCAAUUCUAGGCGGAUACAGAGGCUCAAUCUUGCGUGAUGCCCGUAAUGGCAAACGGGUUUGGAUCCCGCUCAAGGCAGGGCUCAAUUUGCGCCGCAUCAACUUGCUUCUCGGACCAUCGAGAGAAGAUGAGCUUCACGCAACAGAUUACAUUUACCCCGAUGGCAUGUUGAAAAACGUAGGUCCGUUUGACAUUUCUAAAAAGCUCAUGAAAAAGUUGGCCCACAACCCCAAUGUGACCGUUAGAGACUUCGGUUAUGAUUGGCGACUCAGCCUUGAUCUUCUGGCAGACAAGUUGAUUGAGUUUCUAGAAGGUUUGCGCAGAGAAACAGGCCGUCCCACCAUUGUCAUUGCUCACUCAAUGGGCGGUUUGGUGGCGCAUGGUGCUCUUCAGAAAAGACCCGAACUUUUCCGUGGCUUAGUUUACGUUGGCUCACCCAGCGAAUGUUUGAAUAUCUUGGGACCACUCCGUUAUGGUGAUCUGAUUAUGCUAUCGGACCGUAUCCUCACGUUCGAGACAAACUUUAUGAUGCGUUCGCUGUUUGCAUUUUUGCCAUUGCACGGGCGUGUUUUUGCCAACAUAGAAUCAGGCGAGUUCUUUGACUUGGACUACUUUGAUCCAGAUACAUGGGUCGAGUACAAUCUCAACCCGCUAGUGCUGAAAACAAGAAAAUUAGCUGAAGAAGCGAAGGGCCCUAAUGAAGAAACAGUGGUGCAGAUACCGAAAGAGAAUGUAGAAGAAGGCGGUCCUCUUACAACUAUAGGGUCUCGCAUCAAGAUUCUCCAGCCCAGCAUAGCACGCCGGCACAAACCCACGCUUCUUACUAAUCUGCAGAUGCAAAAACGCCACAAAUCGGGCCGUUCCAGCCCCCUGCCAGGAAGUCCAAGUCUGGAUGGAUUCCAAGACUUUAAGUUCCACUUGACUUUCGCCGAGGCCUACGACUACCUCUGUGACACUCUUCGGCGCACGAAAGAAUACGUACUUGGACUCGAGUACAAGCCAGAAUUGGAAGAUAAAUAUCCGCCUUUGGCUGUGGUUUACGGCAACACGAUUCCGUCUGUUCGGGGUUCCAAUGUGCGCAGUCCGCAGGACAUCAAGGACGGGAAUUAUUAUGAAUUUUUUUACGGACCAGGGGACGGAGUUGUACACGAGCGGUGGCUAAUGCCAGAAAAGAAGGGUUUCAAGCAUUAUGAUCCUAAGACAGGAAAGGGCCAUAUUGUGGGUAAGUUUGCAUCUGAUUGUGGACAUGUGAGUCUCAUGACGGACUUUAAGGUGAUUGCCGAGGCGUUGAGCGCAAUAGUAGAGGCCGAGAAGAACUGGAAAAAGAAUACUGAGAGUGACGAGAAAACAGCCAGCAGCGAAGAGAGUAAAUAG